GCCAAGGUAUUAUAUAAAUGGACGCAGACUUUCCCCACGUUCCUUCUUCUUCUCCACAACUUUGUAUCAUGACAUUGGAGAAGCACGCCACUUCCUCAACAGCAUACACAACCCACCCUCCCAAAGCCGAAGAUGGUUUCAACAAGCAAGAGGCAGUAGCCAAUGGCUCAGCCGGCAACGGCGCCGCCAAAGCCUUCGGCCCCCUCUCCUUCGCACCACACACUGCCGAGCCCUCCAAGGUCCUCUCAGCGCUCGAGUCCAACCAGAACAAUGGUCUCAGCGACGACGAGGCUGCGAAGCGUCUUCUCGAGUACGGCCCCAACCGUAUCAAGCCUCCUAAGAAGCCCUCUAUCUGGGGCAUCUGUCUCCGACAGGUCGGAAAUGCCAUGACUCUGGUUCUCAUCGCCGCAAUGGCAGUUUCUUUUGGCACCCUCGACUGGAUCUCUGGUGGCGUCAUUGCCGCCCUGGUUAUUCUCAACGUCACGGUCGGCACCUACACUGAGUGGGAGGCCGAGAAGACUGUCGCCUCGCUCGAGAGCGUUGGCGCUCCCCAGGCCACUGUCGUUCGUCACUCGUCCACGCAGACCGUUACCAAGACCAUCGCGGUCGAGGAGGUCGUUCCCGGAGACAUUAUCCUCGUGAAGAACGGCGACAUCAUCCCCGCCGACGGCCGCGUCCUCGAUGGCGUCUCCAACCUGGAGUGCGACGAGGCGUUCCUCACCGGCGAGUCGCUUCCAGUUGCCAAGCAGUCCGAGCCCGUCGACGAUGAGAACUGCCCCGUGGGCGACCGUGUUUCUAUGGUCUUCUCUGGAUCUCAGGUUACUAAAGGCCGUGCGUUCUGCGUGAUCACCGCCACUGCUAUGGACACCGAGAUCGGCAAGAUCGCUUCCGCUCUCCAGAACAAGGCCGAGCGCACUGAGACCGGCUUUGCUCGUCACUGGCACAAGUUUUUGGUCCUCCUCGGUCUCCGCGACACGACCCCACUCCAGAUCAAGCUCAACCAGAUCGCCUACAUCCUCCUCGGCGGAGCUGUUGUCAUUGCCAUCGUUGUCGUCGCCUCGACCGGCUUCCGCGACGUCCCGAUGUCGAUCGCGACUUACGCUGUGGCUGCUGCCGUCUCGAUUCUUCCCGCGUCCCUGAUCGCCGUCGUCUCCCUCACCCUCGCCCGUGCUUCGACUGACCUUGCCAAGCGUAACGCUCUCGUGCGCCGCAUGGAUGCCAUCGAGGCUCUCGCUGGUGUCUCCAACGUCUGCUCGGACAAGACCGGUACCCUGACUGUUGGCCGUAUGGUCGUGCGCAAGAUGUGGGUCCCCGCUGCCGACGCUCGUGACAACGACGCCGCUCCCACCGACACUGCCAAGGGCCAGACCUACUCGUUCGAGACUGGCUCGGACCCCUUCUAUCCCCGUGGUGACAUUAUUCCCGACGACGAGCCCCUCGUCCCCUCUGGCACUUACGCUAUCAACCGCACUGAGGUCCACGACGGUGAGGACAUGGACAAGAUCGACGUUGCCGAGAUGGAGCACGGUCUCCGCGACAUGGCUCUGUGCGCUGCUCUCUGCAACCAGGCUACUCUUUCCCGCCCGCCUGACGACAACUCUGGCUGGGAGGCCAACGGUGACCCCACUGAGAUCGCUCUCCAGGUAUCCGCCCACAAGCUCGGCUAUGGCAAGCCCGUCCUCACCGGUAUGCACAAGCUCCACCCCGUCGCGUCGGGCGGCACUGCUCGCCGCUCCUCGCUCUUCCCCGGCGGCAACCUCGCCCACGGCCAGUUCACCCAGAUCGUUGAGCACCCCUUCGACUCGACCGUCAAGCGCAUGUCCAUCGCUUACCGUUUCACUCCCGCUACCUCGAACCUCAAGCCCAAGGUCGUCUGCCUCAUGAAGGGCGCCGUCGAGCGUGUUCUCGACCGCUGCACCAAGGUCCGCGACCAGCCCCUCACCGAGGAGCGCGUGGCCGACAUUAUGAAGAAGGUCGACGCUCUUGCCUCGUACGGUCUCCGUGUCCUCGCUCUCUGCGGCAAGUUUGAGCCCAUCGAGAACCUCGACCGCCUCACCACGAUGCCCCGCGAGGAGUUCGAGGGCGGCUUCUCGUUCCUUGGUCUCGUCGGUAUCUUCGACCCUCCCCGCAAGGAGUCGGCUGGUGCCGUCGCCGACUGCCACCGUGCUGGUAUCACUCCCCGUAUGCUUACCGGUGACCACCCCGCUACCGCCACCGCUAUUGCUCUCCAGAUUGGUAUUCUUGACCGCGCCUACGCCAAGACCGACGUCAUGACCGGCCAGCAGUUCGACGCUCUCAGCAAUGCCGAGGUUGAUGCUCUCGAGGACCUUCCGCUUGUUGUCGCUCGCUGCGCUCCCGAGACCAAGGUCCGCAUGGUCGACGCCAUCCACCGCCGCAAAGAGUCUACGGUCAUGACUGGUGACGGUGUCAACGACUCGCCCGCCCUCAAGCGUGCCGACGUCGGUGUUGCCAUGGGUACCGGUUCCGAUGUCGCCAAGCAGGCCGCCCGUAUCGUUCUUACCGACGACAACUUCGCCUCGUGCAUUCGUGCUAUUCGCAAGGGCCGCUCGGUCUUCAAGAACCUUACCAAGUUCCUGCUGUACCUCCUUUCGGGUAACGUUGCUGAAAUCAUCGUCUUGAUGAUCGGUCUCGCCUUCAAGGAUGAGCAGAACCGUUCCGUCUUCCCGCUUUCGCCUGUCGCCGCCCUCUGGAUCAACACCCUUGCCGCCGGUCCCCCCGCUCUCGCCCUUGGUCUUGAGCCCACCGCCCCCGACGCCAUGGAGCAGCAGCCCGAGGCCUUCCACCAGAUUUUCACUCUCGAGUUCUACACCGACCUCUUCUUCUACGGUUUCCUCAUCGGUGCGCUCUCGCUCGUCAACUUCGUGAUCGUCCUUUGGGGCUACUUCCCUGGCGACCUGGGCUACGACUGCAACGAGAAGUCGUCGGCCAACGGGACCCAGUGUGACCACGUUUACCUCGCCCGUGCGACCUGCUUCUCAACUCUUGUUAUUAUCCUCAUGAUCCACGCCCUCGAGUGCAAGCACAUGAUGCGCGGCAUGUUCCAGAUCAACCUCAUGGACAACAAGGUCCUUCUGUGGUGCGUUGUCGUUCUCGCCCUCUCGACCUUCCCCAUCGUCUACAUCCCCGUCAUCAACGACAAGGUCUUCAUGAUCGACGGUCUCAAGUGGGAGUGGGGCAUUGUCUUCGGCAUGAUCUUCGUCUACCUCGCCGCGACCGAGGCCUACAAGUGGUGCAAGCGUAUCUAUUUCCGCCGCAAGGAGGCCCACCGCGUGCGCCCCAACAAGCACUUCCCGGAGCACGACAAGUCGCUCCGCAUCGAGCGCACCAUGGACCCUACGGUCUAAUCUACCCCCACCACUCCGCAUCGUGGGCGUCGGCUCGCCGGCCCCACCGCAUCGCGCACUCGCGCGCACAUGGGCACCACUGCCUCGCGCGCCCACGCCGCGCCGCACCGAGGACAAUACCCCCAUCGUCAUCAACUUAAAUACUAUAUCUCUACCACCUAGUUUUGGCAUUUGGAAACAUCAAUCGCAUAUACCGCAUCGUUGUACAUCGCAUUGCUGCAGCCUGGCGAACUGGCGGCUUUAGAGCUUAGACGGCCUAGAGUUGUGUUGCGAGCUUGGCGCAGUUGUAGUAGUGUCUGAGUAUGAAAAUGUUUGCACUGCAAGUU